AUGUCGCCAACACCUCACGAAAAGCGCGCGUCGGCGUUAGAGAUCCCGCUGAUUUCCGACCUAAUCUGCAAAGACCUAACACGCAAAGAUCUCUUCGCCUGCAUCCAAGUCUCUCACCAUUGGCACGACGCCCUCCAACCUCAACUCCACCGCUUCGUACGCCUCGACACCAACCCGCGCGAAACCCCACCACACCUUAUCCGUCAGGUCCUCGACCGUGCUGCUCAGAUUCGGUCCCUUCAGGUCGAUAUCUCGGACGGGGGUUGGUUCUUGCCCAAGGAGGAUUCGGUUAUUCCGGGUCCAUCAGGGUCUACGAUGGCACUGGGUGGUGCAACAGCAGGACGGUGUAUCAACCUGCAAGAACUGUCGUGUCUCGAUUUUGGAUACCAACCCCGACCCGGUAAGGGCGACGAGGGUUACUUUUACCACGCUCCCGACCGCCCCUCAAUCGUUCCCCAAGCCUCAAACGCCCUCCGACUUAUCCAACAUUCGCCAAAACUGCAAUUCCUAUACAUCCACCAUGCACGACAAUUCUACAGGACGGACCAUUUCUCGACAGAGGUCCUAGAGGCAAUUUCGAACCACAAGUCGUUGAGACGGAUCAAGAUCCAUCUGGACUAUGCGGUCGAUGAAGAGUUCCGGAUGCGGCUGUUACAGCAUCUUCCAGAAGGUAUUGAGGAUUUUGAGUUGGUCUGUCGUCCUUCGCAGAUUUCUACGCCGCCUCCUCCGCAGGUGAUUGACCCGGCACCGCUUUUGUCAUUGAAGCGGUUGUGUCUGCUGAGCGAUAUUCCUCGAAAGAGCAGCAGCAGCGACUCCAGAUCCUCGUAUUGGGACCAGACAAGGUUCCUCAAAGACGACUUUUCAGAAUUCCGCUACAGCUACCCAGACUGGCUCAUCAUCCCCCUCACCAAACAAUCCCCACACCUCUCCAAACUCGCCAUCGCAGGAUACCAUGGAUACCCUAACACCCUCCUCCAAUCCCUCGUCGAAUCCUGCCCAGACCUGGACACCAUCCACCUCGGCGGAACAAACUUUUCACACCACCCGACCAUGCAUCUCCCGCGAGAUAUCCCGUUCAAUAAUGAUGAUACGGGGACAGUCAUUCGGGACCGAACGCCGUUGAAGGGGGUGUUUGAGAAAUUGAGAGAGUUUAUGGCGACGGGGUUUUCGAACAACAUGUGGUCGGAUAGAGGAUAUGAAGAUGUCUCGGGCCUGCUAGUGAGGUCGACAGAGACGUUGGAGAGGGUUUUUGUGCAGUCGGACGAUGGGGGUUGGAGCUACCCGAUCCCCUUCCGGGCUGGGCGGAGGGGCGAUGGGUUGAGUUGGGCGGAUUGUAAGGAACUGAAGGAGUUGGCUAUCGAGCCGAUUUCCAGGAUGGACUUUUCCUUCCUCGACAAAUCCCCCAUACCCCCAUCUCCACCUCCUCACUCCCCUACCAACUCCGACUCUGAUUCUGACGACGACGACCUCAUCAACAACCCCGCCGCCCUCGCCGACAACAACAGCAUCAACACCGCCUUCAAAUCCCUGACCCACCUCCGCCUAACAUCCCUCGGCGACUCGGACUGCUACAACUGCAGUCAUAUCUUUCUCGACUAUUCUCGUUACUGGAACCAAACCCCCACCCUCGACGACUACCUUGAACAACCUUCUCACAAGUACAGCGAGGCGAUUAUGAGACCUUACCACCACCACCGAGUGUUGUUUAUCCGCAGGAUGCGGGAACUGUUUGGACGAUUGAAAGCUGUGAGGUCGUUGAAGAAGGUGGACUUGGAUUGGAGCGAUUUGUGUAUAGUUGUCAAGUCGAUGACGCAGGAAGUCGUUCUCGAGUUGUUGAAAAAGACAGAGGACAAGGAGGAAGGGGCGGAGAGGGAUGCAUGUACGCAUAGUGGUUUCUUGAGUACCGUGGCAAGAACUGACCAAGGGUGGUAUGGACCAAUGACACUGGAUGACCUGGCCUGGCUUGGACUCCAGUGGCCGACCCGCGCCGAGAUCGUAGUUGAGAAGGAAAAGCGCCAACUUCAAUGA